AUGAUUUCAUAUAAUAUAAGAUCUAAAAGUUGUCAAAGAUUACUACAAAUUAGAUUUAUAUCUAAAAUAAAUCAUCUACAAGCACAAGUUGCAAGGCCACAACCUGCUCCAUCUUUUAAUACAUCAGAUGCUAGAUCUAAAAGUAGUCCACUUCCACAUAAAAAACCAUUAUUUAAUCGGUCUAAAAAGGAACAAAUAAUGGAUGAUUCAUUUAUUGGUUUAACAGGUGGUGAAAUUUUCCAUGAAAUGAUGUUGCGCCAUAAUGUAGAUACUGUUUUUGGUUAUGCGGGUGGUGCCAUUUUACCAGUUUUUGAUGCUAUUUAUAAUUCAGAUAAAUUUAAAUUUGUUUUACCAAGACAUGAACAAGGUGCUGGUCAUAUGGCUGAAGGUUAUGCAAGAGCAAGUGGGAAACCAGGUGUUGUUUUAGUUACUUCUGGUCCAGGUGCAACAAAUGUUAUAACUCCUUUAGCUGAUGCUCUAAUGGAUGGUGUUCCAUUAGUUGUUUUUUCAGGUCAAGUUCCAACUACAGCUAUUGGUACAGAUGCUUUUCAAGAAGCUGAUGUCAUUGGUAUUUCAAGAUCAUGUACAAAAUGGAAUGUUAUGGUUAAAAAUGUUGCUGAAUUACCAAGACGUAUAAAUGAAGCUUUUGAAAUUGCAACAACAGGAAGACCAGGUCCAGUUUUAGUUGAUUUACCAAAAGAUGUAACUGCUUCAAUACUUCGUGAAUCAAUACCUAUAAAUACAACUUUACCAUCAAAUGCUUUAAGUCAAAUAACUAAAAAAGCAGUCAGUGAAUUUACUUCAGAAGCUAUAAAAAGAUCAGCAGCUAUACUUAAUAAAUCUAAGAGACCAAUUAUAUAUUGUGGUGCAGGUAUUUUAAAUCAUGAAGAUGGUCCAAAAGUAUUAAAAGAAUUGGCUGAUAAAGCAAAUAUACCUGUUACAACAACUAUACAAGGCUUGGGUGCAUUUGAUCAAAGAGAUCCAAAAUCUUUAGAUUUCCUCGGUAUGCAUGGUUCUGCUGCGGCAAAUACUGCUAUACAAAAUGCUGAUUGUAUAUUAGCUUUAGGUGCUAGAUUUGAUGAUAGAGUUACAGGAAAUAUAUCAAAAUUUGCUCCUGAAGCAAAAUUAGCUGCUGCUGAAGGUAGAGGUGGUAUUUUACAUUUUGAAAUAUCUCCAAAAAAUAUAAAUAAAGUUGUUGAAGCAACUGAAGCAAUUGAAGGUGAUGUAACAUCAAAUUUAAAAGCAUUUAUACCAUUAGUUAAUAAAGUUGAUUCAAGAAAUGAAUGGUUUACUAAAAUUAAUGAAUGGAAAGAAAAAUAUCCAUAUUCUUAUCAAUUAGAAACUUCAAAUUCAUUAAUAAAACCACAAACUUUAAUUAAAGAAAUUUCAAAACAAUCCCAAAAUUAUAAUAAAGAAGUUAUUGUUACUACAGGUGUUGGUCAACAUCAAAUGUGGGCUGCUCAACAUUGGGAAUGGUUAAAACCAAGAACUAUGAUUACUUCUGGUGGUUUAGGUACUAUGGGCUUUGGUUUGCCAGCUGCUAUUGGUGCACAAGUUGCUAAACCAGAUGCUAUGGUUAUUGAUAUUGAUGGUGAUGCAUCUUUUAAUAUGACUUUAACUGAAUUAUCAUCAGCUGUUCAAGCAAAUGCUCCUAUAAAAGUUUGUGUUUUAAAUAACGAAGAACAAGGUAUGGUUACUCAAUGGCAAUCAUUAUUUUAUGAACAUAGAUAUUCUCAUACUCAUCAAUCAAAUCCAAAUUUUAUGAAAUUAGCUGAAUCAAUGAAUGUAAGGGGAAUAAGAAUUGAACUGCAAGAUCAAUUAGAAUCUGGUGUUAAAGAAUUUUUAGAUUGUAAAGAACCUGUAUUAUUAGAAGUUAUUGUUGAAAAGAAAGUUCCUGUUUUACCAAUGGUACCUGCUGGUAAAGCUUUGGAUGAUUUUAUUUUAUGGGAUGCUGAAGUUGAAAAACAACAAAAUGAAUUAAGAAAGGAAAGAACUGGUGGAUUACAUUAG